CACCCGAAGACGAGCCCAGGCCGACAGGGGUUUGACAAGGUAUAGCCCAGACCAGGGAAUGCCAAAGAAGGCCCAGAAAACCUGGCCGGCAGGGUGUGUCUUCCCCAUGCUGGACCCGCGGCAACCGCCCCAGCGAGUGAAGGAAGCGCGAGUGCGACAGGCCUACGUGGCCCGAGGCAAGGAGGACGCUGGGACAGAAGGUACGCUGCACACACCCUCUAACCUGCUCUCGUCUGUAUUCCAACAGGUAAACUGGCAGGGGAACUUCAGGCGGGAACAGGCGACAGGAGGACGACCGCCUGAAACACUGCUGGGCCCAGGUGCGUCAGAUAGAAGGGGUCAACCAGAGUCCGAACCAGAGGCUCCCUUCCUCCUACUUCCUCAUCAGGGGAGGCCUCCUGUAUCAACGAGCCAGCCGCCGAGGAGAAAUUGUGGACCUCCUGGUAGUUCCCAAGACGCAGACGCAGACGCUGAUGCACCUGGCCCUUGCCCACCCGCUCGGGGGCCACCUGGGGGCACGAAACACCCUAGAGAAGCUAAAAGACGAUUUUGUUUGGCCAGGGAUGGAUGCAGAGGUCCGGGGCUUCUGCUGACAGUGACCCCAGUGCCAGCGCACUGCCCCACACAGGCCCCCGCCGGCCCCCCUUAUCCAUCUGCCCAUCAUAGGCAUCCCCUUUGAGAGGGUCGGCUUGGACCCUAUAACCCAAGAUGGUGCCGCUACGCAAAGCCACCUCCCGUAACACUGCGAGAGAACUGAUGCUCCUGUUCAGCUACAUGGGGAUACCAAAGGACAUCUUAACCGACCAAGGUAUGCCUUUCGUCUCCAAACUAAUGUCUGGUCUGUGUCUGCUGUUGCAGGUUAAGCACCUAAAGGCGUCCGUUUACCACCCACAGACCCACGGGCUCAUCGAGAGGUUCAACCAAACCUUGAAGCAGAUGCUACAAUGGGUGGUAGACGAGGAGGGGAGAGAUUGGGACCUUCGCCAUCCGGGAGUGCCCCCAAGCCUCCACGGGCUUCACCCCCUUCGAACUCCUCUUCGGACGGCAAUGUCGGGGACUGCUGGAUGUGGCCCGGGAAGCCUGGGAAGAACAGCCCUCCCCGUUCUGCUCAGUCGUCGAUUACGUACAGGAAAUGCCAGGGAGAAUUGACCGAGUGGCCCUAAUCGUCCAGGAGGAGCAGAAACAAGUGUACAACCGGCCGGCGCAACCCCGGGAAUUCCAACCUGGCGACCGGGUGCUCCUACUGGUGCCAGUCAGCUCCUGCAAAUUCCUAGCCCGGUGGCAAGGGCCAUACACAGUCCUUGAGUGGAAGGGGGCCGUAAACUUAUCACCUGCAACAGCCUGGAAUGAUGCAGCUGGUCCACCAUGAGAUCAAGACCCGGCCGGGAAUGUGGUGCAGCAGCAUCCCUAUUGUGUCCUGGAUGCCUGCCGCAAGGCUAUCGAGGAGGAGAUCGGCCGAAUGAUGCGGGACAACAUCAUCAAGGAGUCCAACAGCCCCUGGUCCAGCCCCAUUGUAGUCGUGCCAAAGCCUGACGGAAGUAUGCGCCUAUGCAAUGACUUCCAGAAGCUGAACGAAGUCUCGGAGUUCGACAGCUAUCCCCUCCCCCGAGUGGACGACCUAGUGGAGCGAUUGGGGAGGGCCUGGUUCAUAUCCACCCUGGACCUAACCAAGGGAUACUGGCAACUGGCCCUGGCCCCAGAGGCGAGACCAAAGACUGCCUUCAGCACGGUGUACAGCCAUUGGCAAUACCAGGUUCUCAUCUUCAGGCUCCAUGGGGUGUCCGCAACAUUCCAGCGACUGAUGAACAUUGUCCUCCGUCCCCAUCGUCCCUUCGCAGCCGUCUACCUGGACGAUGUAGUCAUCCAUUCCUCCACCUGGUCGGACCACCUGUUCCACCUGGGGGAGGUCCUGAAAGAGCUCCGGAAGGCUGGGCUGAUAGCCAACCCCAAAAAGUGCCACCUAGGGCUGACUGAGUCACAGUACCUCGAGUACCGUAUUGGCCGGGGCCUAGUAAAACCCCAGACCAAGAAAUUUGAGGCACUAAGAGACUAUCCCCGGCCUACAUCAGAAAAACAGAUCUUAUGAAGAAGGGCCAGUCAGUCUGGGCGAAGUGGUCUGCAGAGGCAGAGCGGGCCUUCGAAGCCCUCACCAGCGCCCCAGUGCUACGCAACCCAGACUUCGCCCUUCCAUUCACCGUGCACACAGAUGCAUCCGAAACCAGGCUGGGCACUGUUCUCUCACAGACCUUCGGCGGAGAACACCACCCGGUCCUCUACUUCAGUUGAAAGUUAUCCCCAGCUGAGAGCAAAUAUACGGCCGUGGAAAGAGAGGCCCUGGCAAUAAAGUGGGCCAUCGAAAAGCUGCGAUACUACCUGGCCGGUCGGCACUUCAAUCUGGUGACAGACCACGCCCCACUGCAGUGGAUGGCUAAAGGCAAGGACACUAACACCAGGGUAACCCGAUGGUUCCUCUUGUUGCAGGAUUUCUCUUUCCAGGUCCAGCACCGGGCGGGGACCCACCAUGGGAAUGCAGAUGGCCUCUCGCGACAGGAUGCACUGUGGGCCAGACACGUGGCGGCAGUAGGCUCGGAGCUGAGUGGGGGGAACUGUGGUGACGGACCAGCAGUCAGCGCAUAAGAAACAAAGAUCGCUCCUCCCACGACUGCCAUGGUGGUGCUGAAGAGACAGCUCCGCUUCAGCACCACCAAUGUUUUGGACUGCUGGAGAGCACAAGGCAGUGGGGCAGGGCUGCCGACACACACACUGCCUGUGAAUGGUGUGCGGCACAGGAGAAUUCCACCAUCCAGCAGGCAAGGGGAGAAUAUAAAAGGCCGAUAUUCCGCUCGGAGGGGGAGAGAAGACUCUCGGUGUGUACGCACUAACCUAUGCUGUGUGUUUUCCAGGCAAUCCAGACGCAAGUGAAGACUCGCUGACGCGGCUGUUCCUAAUGGCGAAACGGGAUCCCUACUACUCGGGAAACCCCUAGCACGCCCUCGGCAACCCUGCAGCGACUAAGCAUUUCACCUCACACCCCCACUUCGACGCGCACCCACACCCUCUCACGAACUAUUUGUGAAUAAAGAUUUCUCCACAAGUGGCACCGAAACCGCCUCCUGUGUGUCUGUGCUCCGUCCCCGCUGGCUAGAUUCCCUACAGUAUCAAAAUUUUUCUUGUGGCUCUUCAGCAGCAGCAGCCCCUAUUGCUCAUUGAAUGAAUAUAGGAAUUAGAAGAAUUAAUAUUUAUGAAGAGUAUGGUAUAGGCUGCACCUGCUCAAUAAAAAAUGCCCUGAGAUAAUGAAUGAUACCAGAUGAUUCAGCACUACAUUAGUGAAACUGUCUUGACUUGACUAAAAAGCUUUGUAAAAAGGGGAGAUUUGUGGUGAGAAAUAUGACAAUUUGUAAAAUUUGCUUUAGUGUCAGAAGCAGAGCCAGGACCCAGUUGUAGGCCUAUGCAGGAGAUUGAUGCUGUCAUUGUGGAAAACACAGGUGCACUCGAGUCUAGGGAUACAGAAGGAAGUGUGAAAGGGAGAGCAGAGUCUAGGACAGACUAAAGAUGUCCCCUCUGGAGGGUUACAUUGUCAGGACAGCUAGUGAAAUGCCACAAGGAACUGAUGAGGAUCCUUCUGUGGACCAGCAGGAUGCAACUAGAGAGCAAAACUUGUUCCCCCUGUAAAAACUGUGGCAUUUGUGUUCAUCUCAUCCUCUCUCAGUACAAUAGUCUAACUGAUGCCUACCAUGUGAUUGGACUCGCCUACAAGUUGCUAUUAACACUGUCCAUCACACAAGUAGCCUGUGAGAGAAGCUUCUCAACAGUGAAAUUCAUUUAAAAAAAAAAAAGAGAGACUCACGAGCACUUUAACCUAGAAGAACCUUGAGGCAUUCAUGCUCAUGUGCACUGAAAUUUUUUUUGCAUGUCUUUGGACAAUGACACUGUGAUAAACAAAGUUGCAGAGAUCACUGCAUUGCUCAGGCGUUUAUUAAUGUUUUAGGGUUGGCCAUGUUUCCUUGAAGCUACACUUAUGCAGAGGAAAAAGAGAUGAAGCUGUCAUUAGAAAGUUAUACUGUAAAAAGAAUUCUUGCAGAGAACAGUGCAAUACUUGUUUUCUUUAUUUGUGUUUAAGGAUUGGAUAUCUGUGAACAAGAAUAUAUGUUCAGAUCGAUUGCAGAAAAGGACAUUGUGAUGUUUUAAAGAAUAGUGUUGGAGAUUUACCCUUUAAUGUUCUCAUGUUUGUGUUGAAGUUGUAAAGAAGCCAUUUUCUUAACUUAUGCAAAGGAAAAAGAGAUGAUGGUGUCAUUAGAAAGUGCAAUAAUUUUUUUUAUUUGUUAUUAUUUAUUUAUUUUGUAUUUGUAUUUAUUUGAUAUUUUUUCAUUUCAAGGGUUAGAUAUGUAUUAACGCAAAUUUUUUUAUAGAAAAUAUAUUCUGAUACUGUCAAACAUUACAUUGUUUUGUUGUAAAGAACACUGUUGUUAAAUAAAUCUUCACUGUGUGUCACGAUUCCCCCUUGAAGCAGCGUGCUCUAAGCGCGAAUGCACGAGCACCUGCUUUUCCGUUGUUGACUCUAAUGACAUCUGGACACGUGUGUUUUGUUUAUGUUUCUGUCUCCUCCCUGCUCUGUCAUUGACUGGGAUUUCACGUGGGUCUGAAUUGCUCUUAGCUGCUAGCGGUCUAGACGCUGAUUAUGUCCACAUAUAUACGGCGCGCCUCCCAGCACACAGCGUGGAAGAUUAAAUGUUUAGAGCUAGUUUAACGCGUAUCAUAGUCAUAGUCACAGUCCAUGUUAAGAGUUAGUUCGUGCUGGAUUAUCCGCUUCCAGCCCCUCGUCAUAGUUCGUUUCUUGUUUUGUUUAUCGACCUAGAUUCCUGCCUUGCCCCGUGUAUGCCUGUUUGCCAAUCGCCUGACCUCUUGCAUGGUUGUGGAUUACGUUUUGGAUCACGUUUUGGAUUUGUCUGCCUGUCUCUCAAAUAAACAACUGUUCAUCCAGCACUUGCAUCCGUCCCAUCUCUGCUCCGUCACGAUUCGUGACAGAAUCUUCCGCCAAAACAUGGAUCUGAGGUCCGAGCUCUGAGGUCCGAGCCAAGCCUCCCGUCCCUGAGCUCCGAGCCAAGCCUCCCGUCCCUGAGCUCCGAGCCAAGCCUCCCGUCCCUGAGCUCCGAGCCAAGCCUCCCAUCCCUGAGCUCCGAGCCAAGCCUCCCGUCCCUGAGCUCCGAGCCAAGCCUCCCGUCCCUGAGCUCUGAGCCAAGCCUCCCGUCCCUGAGCUCACGUCCAAGCCUGCUGAUCCAGUUGACCAAGCUCUGCUAAUAUCUCAGCCUAAUGACCAAAUGCUGCUCACGCCCAAGUCUACCGACCCGGUCGCCCAAGUUCAGCCCGCGCCCAAGACUGCUGACGCGCACAGCCAAGUUCAGCCCGCGCCCAAGACUGCUGACGCGCACAGCCAAGUUCAGCCCGCGCCCAAGACUGCUGACGCGCACAGCCAAGUUCAGCCCGCGCCCAAGACUGCUGACGCGCACAGCCAAGUUCAGCCCGCGCCCAAGACUGCUGACGCGCACAGCCAAGUUCAGCCCGCGCCCAAGACUGCUGACGCGCACAGCCAAGUUCAGCCCGCGCCCAAGACUGCUGACGCGCACAGCCAAGUUCAGCCCGCGCCCAAGACUGCUGACGCGCACAGCCAAGUUCCGCCCGCGCCCCAGCCUGCUGACGCGCACAGCCAAGUUCCGCCCGCGCCCCAGCCUGCUGACGCGCACAGCCAAGUUCCGCCCGCGCCCCAGCCUGCUGACGCGCACAGCCAAGUUCCGCCCGCGCCCCAGCCUGCUGACGCGCACAGCCAAGUUCCGCCCGCGCCCCAGCCUGCUGACGCGCACAGCCAAGUUCCGCCCGCGCCCCAGCCUGCUGACGCGCACAGCCAAGUUCCGCCCGCGCCCCAGCCUGCUGACGCGCACAGCCAAGUUCCGCCCGCGCCCCAGCCUGCUGACGCGCACAGCCAAGUUCCGCCCGCGCCCCAGCCUGCUGACGCGCACAGCCAAGUUCCGCCCGCGCCCCAGCCUGCUGACGCGCACAGCCAAGUUCCGCCCGCGCCCCAGCCUGCUGACGCGCACAGCCAAGUUCCGCCCGCGCCCCAGCCUGCUGACGCGCACAGCCAAGUUCCGCCCGCGCCCCAGCCUGCUGACGCGCACAGCCAAGUUCCGCCCGCGCCCCAGCCUGCUGACGCGCACAGCCAAGUUCCGCCCGCGCCCCAGCCUGCUGACGCGCACAGCCAAGUUCCGCCCGCGCCCCAGCCUGCUGACGCGCACAGCCAAGCUCCGCCCGCGCCCCAGCCUGCUGACACGGCCAGCCAAGCUCCGCCCAUGCCCAAGGUUCACCUGGUGACCUCAGAGCCUCAGCCACCCUGUUCAGCUGUGGACGUCGCUCAGCCCGCCUGUUCAGCUGUGGACGUCGCUCAGCCCCCCUGUUCAGCUGUGGACGCCUCUCAGCCCGCCUGUUCAGCUGUGGACGCCGCUCAGCCCGCCUGUUCAGCUGAGGUCGUCGCUCAGCCCCCCUGUUCAGCUGAGGUCGUCGCUCAGCCUUCCGGCUCCAUGGCAAACGUCCUUCCCCCUGGCCGCACGGAGACCCACGCUCCUCUCCGUGGCCUUACAGGGGACUUCGCUCUGCCUUCCAGUUCAGCUGGGGUCGUCGCUCCGCUUUCAUGCUCUGCCGAGGACUUCGCUCAGCCUGCCUGCCCGGCUGUGGACGUCGCUCUGCCUUCAUGCUCCGCUGAGGACGUCGCUCUGCCUUCAUGCUCCGCCGAGGACUUCGCUCAGCCCGCCUGCCCUGCUGUGGUCGUCGCUCUGCCUUCAUGCUCCGCCGAGGACUUUGCUCAGCCUGCCUGCCCUGCUGUGGUCGUCGCUCUGCCUUCAUGCUCCGCCGAGGACUUUGCUCAGCCUGCCUGCCCGGCUGUGGAUGUCGCUCUGCUUCCCUGCUAUGCCGAGGACGUCGCUCCGCUUCCCUGCACCGCCAAGAACACCGUGCAGUUUCCUGGCUCUGCCUGGGACAUUCAGUCCAGGGGGCGGGUCCGCCAAUUAAAUGGGAUGACUCAUGGCACUCUGGGAGGAGUGCCUUUGGGGGACGGGUUCUGUCACGAUUCCCCCUUGAAGCAGCGUGCUCUAAGCACGAAUCCGCAAGCACCUGCUUUUCCGUUGUUGACUGUAAUGACAUCUGGACACGUGUGUUUUGUUUAUGUUUCUGUCUCCUCCCUGUUCUGUCAUUGGCUGGGAUUUCACAUGGGUCUGAAUUGCUCUCAGCUGCUAGCGGUUUAGACGCUGAUUAUGUCCGCAUAUAUACGGCGCGCCUCUCAGCACACAGCGCGGAAGAUUAAAUGUUUAGAGCUAGUUUAACGCAUAUCAUAGUCAUAGUCACGGUCCAUGUUUAGAGUUAGUUCGUGCUGGAUUAUCCGCUUCCAGCCCCUCAUCAUAGUUCGUUUCUUGUUUUGUUUAUCGACCUAGAUUCCUGCCUUGCCCCGUGUAUGCCUGUUUGCCAAUCGUCUGACCUCUUACAUGUUUGUGGAUUACGUUUUGGAUCACGUUUUGGAUUUGUCUGCCUGUCUCUCUAAUAAACAACUGUUCAUCCAGCA